AUGACUAGUACAGUAAAGCGUGAAUGUGUUUAUAUUUGUCCAAAAAAAAAUCGAAAAUGUCGUAUACAUGCAUCAUAUUCAAUUUCACCGUAUUGUGCUGAACAUCUCUUACAUGAUCCAGAUUUGAACGAGGAGACUAAACGAUCGUUACGCUGUCCAUGUCCAUUAUCACCAUCUCAUAGUGUAGAUCCAUCAGAUCUUAAACGACAUUUAAAAGUAUGUAAUCAACGUCAAAUUAUUUUGGGACCAUUUCACCGUUUAUUAUAUAAUUCGGCGCUUAAAGAUGAAGUGAUUGAGGAUAACAAUGAUUAUCCUGAUAUUUUAAAAGAAAUUGAUGACGAACAAUUAGAUUUACUAAUCAAAAAAUUAGAAUAUUUACAUGAUUCAACGGUUGAACAAUCCGCAAACACAUAUAAAAUACAUGACGUUAUUCAGACAGAAUUAAACAAGGAAGAUUGUGGUUUUAAAACACGAAAACAUCUUGAACAAAUUGGUUCCUUAAUUGGACAAUUGGAUACAUUGAAUUUAUUAAAUGACGAUACCUGUUACGUUGAAUUGGGUGCUGGACGAGGGAAAACGUCGCAUUUUCUUUCCAUGUGUUUAACUGAAAAAAUAAAUAUAGACUUUGUUUUGAUUGAACGUGAUCAUCAACGUUAUAAAUUCGAUUCUUAUCAUCGUGAAGGACAACAAGCAGGUCCACCAUUCAUACGCUAUAGAAUGGAUAUUAGAGAUUUAUAUUUACCUGAAAUACCAAUUAUAAAACAAAAACAAUCGAAUAUAGUUGUUCUUAGUAAACAUCUUUGUGGUUCGGGUACGGAUUUGGCUCUUCGAUGUGUUGUUAAUAUUAUAAAAGAGAUACCAUUUAUCAAAGCUGUUGUUAUUGCAAUCUGUUGUCAUCAUUGUAUCAACUGGACAGAAUAUGUUGGAAAACAAUUUUUUAUUGAAAAUAAUUUUACACCAAGAGAAUUUUAUUUUGUUCGUGCCUUGACAUCAUGGUCAACAUGUGAAAAUCGAUAUAAUCAAAAAUUAUCAGACGAUCGACUACUAUUUAAUAUGAAAAAAGAUGAAUCUAUUGAAAAAUCAUCAUAUUCUAAAAGACGUUUUUAUUCAAUUCAACGACAAGAAGAAAUUGGUGAAAAAGCAAAACGUUUAUUGGAUUGGGGACGUGUAUUGUAUUUGAAAAAGAACGGUUUCGAUGCUCAUUUAAAUAUUUAUGCAUCAAAAAUAAUUACAUUAGAAAAUGUAGCGAUUGUAGCUCAACCGAAAGAAUCUCAGGUUCAAGACACAUAG